AGUCCAUUAGCUCUCAUUCCAUCCCUGUUUUAUGGUAAAGUCAACAACCAAAAGGGAAGUUAAGUAGUUUAUGGAACAUUCAUUGUAAAUAUGUUAUACGGCGUGUGAAAGAACAAGUGCUGAAUCUUUGAAAAAUAAGUUUGUUUGAAAUGUUUUGCUCAACAGACUCAGCUCUGGUGGUGAUCCUGUGUAUCGCAGUGGGUCUAGGGGCUGGUCCAAUCCUUAUUCAGUCCCCAGAGGUUGUGAAGGUGUCUGAGGGUAAAACAGUGCAGCUACAUUGUGCUUUGAAGAGCAGAAUUGAAGAUGACACUGUGGAGAAAUAUACUGUUCACUGGUACCAUCCACAAAAUAAGAGUCAUAUAAUAUUGAGUCAUUUUGUAACUGGAGGUGUUUAUCGGUCAAAGGGACUCUCUAAGUGGAUUCAGCCUUCCAGAGACUUUGUUAAUAACGGCUACACUCUGACUAUCAGAGAUGUGCAGCUCAAUGACACCAAUGUCUAUAUCUGUGGGAUUUGGGGAAGGAUCUUUGGAAAUGGAACCCUGCUGAAUGUGACCAGUGCAAAUGCUCCAGUCCUUAUCCAGUCUCCGAGUCUGGAACGUGUCACAGAGGGUCACACUGCACAGUUACAGUGCACCAUGAGGAAUGCCGCAGUGAGAGACACCGAUGCUCACUGGUACCGGGAGCUACCAGAGAAAGAUAUGGAGUGGGUUUUAACAUAUGAUAUAAAGAACAUCACACGAUGGAGUCCAGGUUUCACUGAGCGUUUCCAGCCUUUCAGAGACACCUCCAAUAACAGCUUCAUUCUGACAAUCACCAAUGUCCAGCCCAGUGACACUGCCGUCUAUUAUUGCAAAGUGUGGGGAGAUAUCAGUGGGAAUGGAACACGACUGAAUAUAACCAUUUCAAACGCGCGAAUGGCUGGAGAGCUGAAGAUUGUCUGGAUCAGUGUGGGGGCUGCGCUGGGAGCUUUGCUCAUUGUUGGAGCUGCUCUUCUCUUCUGGGUCUGCCCAGCUCGAACGAGGAAACGACAGUCCUCUUGUUCCCUCCAUACAGGUGAUAAUGCCUUGAUCCCAGAUUACGCAAAUAUUUCUCCUUUUAGAAACACAGAGAGAGCAGACGAUCUCCGGGUUGAUUCUAAUCUGAUUUAUGAGACAUUAAACAUCUAUUCAAAUGCUGGAUGCAAUCGGAACAGCAUUUCUGGAAUCUGCAAGACAGCUUCUCGCAUCAUUAACCCGCUCUUUGGCUGCAGGUUGCUCACCAGAGCUUACUGACACACUCACCAUUUGUUCAUCUGCAUUCCGUGGACAGUGCGUCUAGAUCACGUGUUCCUCUCCAACGUUGAAACCUUCCGCAGACCCGGCAUUACUGCCCAAUAGUGAAGAACAGACCCCUACAGUUGUACCCAGCGCUGCUCAGACCCCAUCUGGAAUGACUGCAGUCAGUCCUGGACAUCGCACCUCAGGACGUGUAUACUGGCCGGGGAGGUGGGGGAAGCAGGGGAUUUAUGAGAGUAAUACCAGGUCUAAAAGGUUUAAAUUAUGAGGGUAGGUUGCAUAAACUUGACUUGUAUUCCCUGGAGAUUAGAAGGCUGUCUGGUGAUUUAAUUGAGGUAUUUAAUAUGAUGAAGGGAAGGGAGCUGAUAACGUUGAUCCAGAGAAAUUAAUUCCUCUGGCUGGGGAAUCUGAAGCCAGAAUCUUAAAAUUUGAUAAAAGCAAAGAACUGCGGAUGUUGGAAAUC